CACAGGUGACACAAACAAAGGACAGUCGCAUUCGGUCGCAUUCAACAUCCAACUUCCCCACAUUAAUUCUUUCUAGAACACUUCACAUUCACGAUCUCGUCGACCAAGUAUCGCACAACUCCCAACAUUGAUAGUGACUAGGAUCGAAGAUCUGUUUGAAUUGCCCGAGUCGUCAUGUCUGUGCCGCCCCAAUUAAUUCGCGUGAAGCGAAAGGCUACAGAGGAAGCACCCGUCUCCUUCAUUCGUGUCCAAGAGAACAAGAGACAUCGAAGUGAAGCAUUUGUGUAUCAACGAAAAGAAGAACGAGCCACCUUCCUCGACAUUCCUCCCAACCCUCUUAUUCACAACUCAGCGCAAUCACCACGCAAUAAGCCAUCAACCUCCUCGAGUCCUUCCGAGACCCUAACCUUCCAAGUUCCCACUCCGCCAGGAACCACCACCAAUGAUGGUUCUAGUGAUAACGGCAUCGGUGCUGAACCGGCGGCCGAUGCUGCCUCUAUAAGAUCAACUGGCUCUACUGAUCUCGCGUCCGAACCACGUAGAUUUCAUAUGUCAAAAAGGGACAUGAUUAGAGCAUCAUCUUCUCUAUCUGGUCGAUCAGAUGGAGGUGUCUCUAAAAGGCGCUCUACGCCAGCAUUAUUCGUAGAACGUAAGACCAAACGCAUCUCUCCUAGAUCUAUCGAAAAGUUCCAAGCACUUUCCAAUGAAGUCAACAAUGUGAUUGCACCUACGGCAACGGCGGACAUGGAGGUGGAUAUGGACAGACCUGAGCCGCGAAAGCAAAAGAAGCCUGGAAUUUCAAAAUACCUUAAGAAGAAGGAGGACGUGAAGGAGGACGUGAAAGAGGACGGGAGGGACGACGAGAAGAAAGCUCGCGAUAAGUACAAGGCUGAUCUUCCCAAGUCAUUAACGGAACGAUGGAAUGUCAAUAUGGAUACGAUGACAGCCGAGAUGAACGCAUUUGCUAUGGAGCAAAUUGGACUUAAUCUUCAAAAGGCCGAGGAGGACAAGCGCCGAUCUUCUGCCAAGGCCCAACUCAAGUUCAAGCCGAAGCCGAUCAAGCGAUAUGCUGAACGACAUCCCGAAGAAGCACAGGAUUCGGUCCCAGCCGAUAAACAGAUGGCAGACGCCGACGCUGAUGCCAGCGAGAGCGAUGACGGCGACUACAUCAUCGAGACCUACGAGCGUGUUCCUGCUAGCAAGAUAGGAGAUCACGUGCCAGCACAUAAGAUUGGUGUUUUGGUACUCGAAGCAGAACCCGAACUGGAGUAUUUCUACGGGGAUGAUGGUGAUAGUGAAGAGGAAUGGGCCGAGGAUGAAGAAGACGAGAACGCCGAAAAUUAUUAUACUGCGGACUACCCUGACGAGGAAGUUGCCUCAGAUGAUGAGUUUGAUAAGAAUCCCUAUUCUUUCCGAACCGGCAAUGCUUCAGACCUCGAGGAGUACGAUCUGGCGGACGAGGAUGGCGAUGAUGCAGCCUUCAGCGAUAAGGAGGAAGGAGGAAAAUUCACCACAUAUAUCGGACGGCCCAAUCGUGAGUUCGCGGCAAGAAAUCUGUAAGGGUGUCGCUACGAGCAUAACGGCAGCGCGCAAUAAUGCCGCGCGGCAAUCCUGUGGGACGCAGACAUCGUGAAAUUUGCGCUAGCAUCUACGAAUAGGUAGUUUUAGUGGAACGUGUGUU